UUCUUGUUACGUUUGAUUCCUUCUUAACUUAUGAUGACUUUACAUGCUUACCAAGACUAACCCAGCUUACCAUCCACCAUGCUCUCGUUAGACUAUAACAACAGAUUUAUUCACGAUCUUCUGACAGAACGAUUUCAAACUGACAAUCCGUCGUCAAUUGAUCAAGUUGUCACGGAUUUCGACGGAGUGACCUUUCAUAUCUCCACUCCAGAGUCCAAAACGAAAAUUUUAAUUAGUUUGUAUAUGAAAUGCUUCUCUGAAUUGGUUAAUUACGGCACUUUGGAUCUACUCAACCAAAUCUAUGGCCCUUACGUCCAUAGCCCUGUUGAGACUGGAUACAACUUUAGUAUCGUUAUCGAUUUGGAACAAUUACCAUCUACCCAAGAGGAAAGGGAGCAACUGAUUAUUUCUGCUUCUUUGUUAAAGCGAAAUGCACUUGCUGCUCCAUUCCAUAGUGCUUUUGCUAAGCAGGCAGAGUUGGCUGAAAUGGUAAAGAAAGACCCCGAAAGUACUGUUUUAUUGAACAAGCAGUCAGUUUCUCAAAACUACAUGGCUAUCCAUUACCGUGAUGAGGAAAUGAUUGUCUUAUGGCCCGAGCACGAUCGAGUCACUGUCGUCUUUUCCACUAAGUUUUUGGAAGAAGCAGACAGAAUUUUUGGUAAAGUUUUCUUACAAGAAUUCGUGGAUGCCCGUCGCCGCCCUUCUAUUCAAACUGCUCCACAAGUUCUAUUCUCUUACCGUGAGCCUCCUUUGGAAAUCCGUAACGUUGGCGGCAUCCAGAAUGAGGACGAAGAUAGCGGGUUCGUAACCUUUGUUUUAUUUGAACGUCAUUUCACUCCUCAAGUCCGAGAAGACUGUAUAUCGCACAUUCAAAUAUUCCGCAAUACAUUGCAUUAUCACAUUAAGGCAUCCAAGGCCUACAUGCACCAACGCAUGCGCAAGCGCGUUGCUGACUUCCAAAAGGUUCUAAACCGUGCUAAACCUGACGUGAAAAUCGAAAGGAAAACUGCAAGCGGUCGAUCUUUUGUACAUGCUUAAACGGUGGAAAAAUACCUAUCUUUGCAGGCUUUUUUUAUAUUUGCUUAUAAAGGAAAGUCUGCAUCACUUUUGUUUUAUCCAUUUUUGCUUGUGGAAUUGUCCAAGAAAAACCCGCAAGCUGAAAAAGUUUCUCCUACUUUGUUAUAGUUUACCUUUCCACGAAUUUUGAUUACGCGCUUAUGUAUUAUGUGAGCUGAAUUCUUUCUUUCUAAUGAAUUACUUCCAUCGACCCUUGUUUGUAGAGAUUAAGCUACGCUACAAGACGGGUGUAUAAAUUGAAAUAAAUUCAAUGUUUUUUUUUUAAAAACUCUGAAAUCUCUUUCAUCAAAGCAGAUACAAUUCAGUAUUACUUUCUUAUAUUUGUAUUACGCAUAGAAAACAUCCUUUUUUCUUUCCUACUUGCAAUUUAUUGGAAACAGGUGUGAAAAGCCAUGCUGCUUGCAGUUCUCAAGGACGUAGUAAUUCACAUAGGAAAAAAUGUACAGGCCAAAGGUCAAACUUACUAUUUUUAUUAAGUUGCUUUAUGCACGUUUGAAAAAGUAAAAGAGGAGUUCUUGAUUCAAUACUGAAACAACCGUUGCAGAAACCCUAGAAAACAUCAUAUUAUGUAUCACGAUAAACCCUAUUAAUCUUCUCUUAUUAUCGGUUGAUAAAUAUGUUUUGUCAAAAUGUCUAUAGAGAGUUGACUGUAUAACUGUGAUACGGAACUCUACAUUUCACGAAAAGAAAGUCGACGGCGAUUAUCGGCUUGAUUUCCCUCAUAUUUACGCUUUCUUCUUCUGCUUGUUUCUGUCGAGUCAUCUAGAUCAUAAUUUACAGAACGAGCAUUGGGACUUGUGAGAGAGGAGAGUGAGAAUAAACGAUCUGAUUCUACAUAAUCUGAACGACGUCGUAAAUUUGAUCCAGUAGUUUUCAACAAUCCGUCGAAGCCACGUAUUAUAUUCCCUGUCCCUGAUGUCUUCUCCAGAUAGUUUCCUUCUAACUGAUACAAGGAAUCUUCUACUUCCAUCAAGGAAGAUUCCAGCUCGUGACGCUUUUCGAGCAUUUCGUGUAAUUCCUUUUUACAACUUUCAUAGUACGAGGGAUUGGCUAUUUCAUCCUAAAUGGUUUCUAGGUAAGUAUUCUCAGAACAAGACAUGUUAAUCGAGGGUUGAGUACGGCUAAAAGACCAUAUUUUUCUCGCAUUCCUAUUGAACUAAUGACGAGAGUGUUACUAUUGUUUCUACUUACAUUUUUUUUAGAUUUUAUACUGGAAUCAGACAUUGCUGUACAAUGUUGUGCACAAUCAAUUCUGACCUUUAAGACCAAGCCUAGUUCCUAAAUUUUUUCUUUAUAUCAAACUUUAAAAGGAUCUACUUCUCUGUACUUCCUUUUUCUUUCUUAUGCAGUUUCGUUGGAGUCUUGAAGUAUUUUUCUUAAAGAGAAGAAUAUGAUAUCGUAGUAAAGCAAAAACAAACAUC